AUGGCCAGCACCGCUGGCGUGUCGAGAGCCAACCCUGUCGUGGCAUCGGAGGAAGGCGAGGUCCAGCCCUCACCUCUCUUGUCUGGGUACUACGCAUCCUCGGAGGGGUCUGAGGGCUACCUCACGGGCCCAGAGGAAGGGGAGAGCUCCCGCGUGGUGGCGGCGCCGGCGCCUCUACUGCCAGGUGAAGCGGCAGCGGCGGCAGUGUGGUCCCUUGCGUUCGGGUCCGUGUCGCAGCGGGGACUGGAUCAGCGGAAGGGCAUGGAGGACACCGUGUCGCUGCGCCCGUUCUUCUGCGUCCAGGCCGACGGCUCCCCCAUGCACUUCUUCGCCGUCUUCAACGGCCACGGCGGCCCACAGGUGUCGGCCCUGUGCAGUGACCAGAUGCACGUCAUACUGGCGGAGGAGCUGGCCCGCGUGGCAACUGCCUACCGGAAGGAGCACCUGGAAAAUGAUGAAGAGGCGGAGCGUCAGCUUCGAGUGGGCGGACACACUGGGGAUGGGGUUGUCAGAAUCGGGGUUGCACAUCAUGGGGUCCACUGCCGUGGUGGCGUUCCUGGUCCGCGGCAGCAUCCUCGUGGCCAACUGCGGCGACUCCCGCCGUGCUCUGCCGCGCCGGCAACGCCUUACCACUCUCCCAGGACCACAAGGUGA